AUGCUCCGGUUAACUGUAACAAUCUUCUUGUUGAAUUUGCUUGAUGAAAACGUGGACGGAUUCAUUCUCGCAAGCCAGGUUCCACACCGAAUGGAGAAUCGCGUCGAUUACGGUAAGAUAUUCAAUUUUUGUCUGAUUUAUCAAUAAAAUUUGUGUUAUACUGUAAAGCUGCUGAAGUCAUACUGUGAGAUAGAUCCACAAAAAACUGGAACAACCACCUCCAGAAGACGUUUUACCCUUUUUAUUUUUUUUUGUUUUGCAUCUAUGGCAAUUGACAAAACUGGUUACGUAAAAAUGAUUUUAGACAAGCCCGUUUAUUGUCCUAAAGCUAUGCCUUUGACCCAAAAUUCCUCCAUCGUUUUCAGAUAACACAGAAAUUUAAGUUUUGACCCUCCGAUUUUUCCUACAACCUUCCUGCCUUUUCUUAUAUGCAAAUGUCAAAAAAAAAGGCUUGGCCAUUAAGAUUUCGGUUAAAAUUUCCCAGCUGCCAUAAUAGGCCAUAAGAAAUAUAAAUUUUUGCUCACAAGGUAUGACAAUCUUUUGUCUCCACAUAUAUGAUUAAUUAGCUGUUAUUAUGUAUUAAAGCAUUUACUUCUGAUGUCAUUUGCAAAAAACAAGUUUAAAUAUUAAUCAACUCGUUUGCAGACCCAGCACCGUACAAUCCAAUUGUUUUGUCGCAACUCCUGCAGAUCCCGCGACUUACCAUCGUGCCCGUUAAACGCGACAACAAACCAGAGAAGUCACGGGAGCGACAGAAUGUCGAAGGCCACAUGAUCAAACAGCCCCUGCUGAAGUUCGACAUGGUCUGGAGAAGGUUCUCGGGUCACAAAAGAUUCAGCAAUGCUCUAUAA